AUGACAUUUGCCGAUCAGCAACGCUGGAUUACUGUCCAGCAAAAAACGUUCACAAAAUGGUUGAAUGCAAAGCUGAUUCAGCGGGAUUUGGAGAUUAAAGAUAUCGUCAAGGAUAUGAGCGACGGAGUUCUACUCAUUCAUCUGCUAGAAUGUUUAUCAGGCGAAUCGCUCGGCCGUUAUGCCUCGAAACCCAAACUACGAGUCCAAAAAUUCGAAAAUGCGAACCUGGCUCUCGACUUCAUUCGAUCACGCGGCGUCCAAAUGACGAAUAUUGGCGCGGAGGACAUUGUUGACGGGAACCGAAAAAUCGUUCUUGGUCUAAUAUGGACACUGAUUCUACGUUUCACCAUCAGCGACAUCAACCAGGAGGGCAUGUCGGCCAAGGAGGGCUUGCUUCUCUGGUGCCAACGGAAGACGGCAUGCUACGACGAGGUAGAGGUCCGGGACUUUAGCGCCAGUUGGAACGACGGUCUUGCAUUCUGCGCCCUGCUAGAUAUUCACAGACCUGACCUUAUCGAUUUCGAUUCCCUCGAUAAGUCCGAUCACAAGGGCAACAUGCAGCUUGCCUUCGAUUUGGCGGCAGAAGAGAUUGGCAUACCCAAGCUGUUAGACGUCGAAGAUGUCGCCGAUGUUGCAAAGCCCGAUGAGAGAAGUUUGAUGACAUAUAUUGCGUACUGGUUCCACGCCUUCUCUCAGAUGGAAAAGGUCGAGAAUGCUGGUCGACGAGUUGAGAAAUUUGUCAACAGCAUGCAAGGCGUCUGGGAGAUGCAGAGUACCUAUGAAAAGCGUAUGGCCGAGCUUCUGGAAAAGAUCAACACUCAAAGGGAUGACUGGACACAAUCUACCUUUGAAGGCACAUAUGCGGACGCAAAGGCACAGUCGGCCGAGUUUUCCAAGUACAAGCGGGGACAAAAACGAGACUGGGUAGCAGAAAAGAGCGAUUUGGCAACUCUGCUCGGCAAUAUCAAGACAAAGCUGGGAACAUACCGCCUUCGACCAUAUGAGCCGCCUGCUCAUUUCAGCCUUAACAAGCUUGAGGAUGACUGGACUGCUCUGUCCCAGAAAGAGAUGGGCCGUGCGCAAUUGAUCAAUGAGACGAUUCGGGAUAUCAAAAAUUCUCUCCGCAAGUCCUUUGCUGACAAGGCAAACGAUUUCGCCAUGGCGCUCAAGACUAUGCAGAUGGCUAUCUCAGGCCUUGACGGCGACCUCGAAGAUCAAUUACACCAUGUCAGAAAGCUGAGCAGUAACUUGGCGCCUCUCGACAGAUAUCUUGAGACGAUUCUCGAUGUUGAGACUAAGUGCAUCGAGGCCAAUAUCGAGGAAAACGACUUUACUACAUAUUCAUACGACGAACUUGCAUACGAACUCACCCUGGUCAAGUCAUCUGUGCAGAAGAAACUCGCGUUUUUGGAAAAUCAGAUGGUGGCACGGAACAUGACAAAUUUGACGCCCAUUCAGCUGGAGGAAUUCGAAAGUGUAUUCCGCCAUUUUGACCGGGACGACUCCAAUGCGCUCCAAGAGCUAGAAUUCAGCGCGGCCCUGGCAUCUCUGGGCCUAGUUUUCUCCGAGGAGGAGAUGCACGGUUACUUCUUGGACACGUCUGGUGGCAGAGACGAAGUGACGUUCGAGCAAUUCAUUCGCUUCAUGGUCGACGUGACGGAAGAUCAAAACACUGCUGAGCAGGUCUUUCAGUCGUUUCGCGAAGUUGCAGAUGGCAAGCCUUACGUUACCGAAAUGGACCUCCGACACAGUCUUGUUCCGGAUGAGGUUAUCGAGCAGCUCAGCGGCAUCAUGCCAGCACAUACGGGACCAGACAUGUCUGCUGACCGAGGCAUGCCGCAAUACGACUAUAUUUCAUUCAUGGAGAAGAUGAUUAACAACCAAAGAGAGAGUGAUCAAGUCCCCAGUGGUGUUUUGCAGGACAGAACAAACGUGGGAGAUGCAGGCCAUCGCAAACGUGGCAAGGCGAAUGGCUGGUAG